UACGAUGACAAUGAUGAAGUUAAAUUUGAAGUGAAUUGAAGUGAAGCGUCUCAAAAUAAGGCAGGCCAGAUCGUGGAUUAUUUCAGGCAAUAAUUGAUUUAUUACUGGAUGAAUGUUAUCUAGACAACUGGUCGAUUGAUUGGCUGAGUGAUUCAUAUUUCAGCAACUCUCAUUGCUACAUCAUGAGCUGCUGCAAGCUGAACAGAGCUUCAUAACUCAGGUGGGAAGGACCGAACUUUUGGAAAAUCAGUGCGUUGUGCUGAAAGAAAGGGUCGCUGACCUGUUUCAGAAAGCAGCUCAAAAAGAUGGAAAAGAAGUGAAAACUAAGGAAGAAAUUUCCAUUACCUUUCCGACUGAUACCAUGUCUAAGGUACAUCGUCUUUGUUUUGUUUUGAAUUGCCUCAAUACCCUUCAAGAGUAGUAAGGGUGAAGUUAUUUCACAACCUUCAUUUGAUUUAUGAAGAAAGCAAUCAAUGGACCAAGAAAGUAAAGAAAUGCAUUUCUAAGUCUAUUUGUCUCAUCAAUUUGCGCUGCAUUGUAAGUUGUAAAUUGCGGUUGGAUCAGUAACUCUUUUUUUGAGAUCAAGCACUAAGACUAAGAGCAUUAUCAGUUGGACUCACUUGAGAGGAAUGAUGUGAAGUGAAACAAACCUACAUUUAACAGUUAUCUCACCCUGAUCCUCAUCAAUUAUAAAUUUACUGAACCUCACAUCAAUGGAGUUAUUUCUUAAAAGCGUUACUAAAAUCUCUUAGUAACUUACCUAUAGUUAUUCAAGAACGUGAAAAUGUUGAUACGUAUCAUUGUUUCAGACAGAGUUGGAUGAUUUAGGCAGCGUUGAUGGUAGUGCAUCGAGUGAGACUUCGAAACCUACUGAAACGCUGAGACAGGUAGAAACAGUUCCAGACAGAAAAUAUUUGGUCGAUAAUAGCUGUGCAGAAGGGUAUAUCAACUAUGGGGCAUGUAACAGAGACGUCGUCGUAUUAAGUGAUGAGGCUAAUCUAUUAAAUGCGGGUGCGAAGAGCUGUGCAGCUGUGAAGAUAUAUCAAGAAUCUCUUGAAAGUCAACGAAAUAUAUCUGAAAACAAAUCACAGGCUACAGCUUCAAGUAUUGAUGUUGCGAAUGAGGCCUUUAUAUCAAAGGCUCUUGACUCCAGUACCACUUCCACUUUGGGACCAAGUGCAGAAUCUGAGGGCAAUCUUAAGAAUAGCAGAGAUGGUGACAAAGAUGACAUAGCUUUCCUGAGGGACAAUGAAGCUUCUCUAGCUCUGCGAGCCGCGAAAGCAGGUAGAGGAAACGAAUCAGAGACUGAAAAUGAACAAGCAGUUGAAGAUGGAGAUGAAAUAGGUAUCUGCAAAGAGUCGAAAACAUCUGCAGAUCUCGAAGACAAAAGAUGCAAAGAGAAGGAUGGUCAGUUAGACGCAACGAUUACCCCGUACAAAGCUAACGUUUCUGCCAAGAAAGUCCGUUUUAAUCUUGAGGAUAGCAAACCUUCCAAUGAUCAACCAUCAAAUGUUUCGGAAGAGAACAGCCAAAAGGAACCUGACAUGAUGUUUUCAGAUGACGAAGGUGGAGAUAAUAGAUGCAGCAACAUUGACGAGGAUGUUAGUCAGCGAAUAAAUCGGAUACAGAAUUUACUGAGAUGUGAUCGUUUAAGAACAAAUCGAAAAAGGAAGUACCCUGUUGCUUGA